AUGUCUGUUCUUGGCUAUUCUGGGGUGUGUGAUGCCACGCCCUGCAGCACUCACUGUUACAUCCCUGUGACUCCUUCUGUGGCUGUUUGCUCGAGAGAUGAAAAUCCCACCUGUGGACUCUGCUUACCCAGUCGCUACCAAGGAAAUCUCUGGCUCCUGGAUAACUGCCAAGAGUCCUACGGGGAAGUCCUGAGCUGUGAAUCUCUGAGCUGUGAGCCGCAGACCUGCGCAUCGCGUUGUGAACCCUCAGUCAUCUGUGUGCCGUGCAACUCUCCGUCCCUGGGAAAAGUGCGAAGUGCCUGUGAAACUACGAGCAUCAGAUCCAGCCCCAGCUGCAGCCCAUGCCCUCAGACAAUGGGGUAUGUAUCCAAUUACUCCACACCCAUCCAACAUCCAUCGAAAACCUGCCAGACCCUUCGCAAUGAUUCCAAGUGCUUUGUUCAAUUUAACAACGUAUCCAAGAGCUACCGACCCAUAAGCUACUGCAGCCCAGGCAGCUUUGGGUAUAGAAGCUUCCAAAGUCUUGGCUUAAGCCCCAGUGGCUUUUCACCAUCUUGUUAUAUUGCCAGCAGCUGCCGGCCUCAAAGUUAUUUAACAAGAAAUUGCCAAUACCUGAGUUCCAGGCCUAUCAGCUGCCGACCUCUGAGAUACGUUCCUGGAAUGUGCAGGUCUCUGAGCGGUAUACCCAGUACCUUCCCUCCUUUGAGGUAUUUGUGCAGUAGUAUCAGACCUUGGAAUUAG